AUGUCGCAACAUAGUGCUAUGGAUGACCUUGAUCAUGGCCUGGAUUCAGAGUCGUACGAUGGCAAUUACACUGACCAGGGAAUGGAUAAUGGUUAUACCGGCGAACUACACCACGACGACACCACCGACAGAUUCCUGCGGCCUCUCAUGGUAUCCGACAGCACUCUCCAUGAACUCGCCUGUCGCUUCCGACAUAUAUACCGUCACCUUGCACUGACAUCAGACCAGCAAUUUCUACCCACCCCAGUAACGAGGUUACCGACUGGUCAGGAAACUGGGAAGUAUUUGGCGAUCGAUGUUGGGGGAACCAAUCUUAGAGUGGCAUUUAUUGAACUACUGGGCGAGUCGAAGGAUAGUGAUGCCACGAACUCCAAUUCUCCGACAUCACGCGAUACUAUGCAGAGAGCGCAGAGGCAGCGGGUGAAUCGGACAUUAGAAAAGAUAUGGCCUAUAGGGGAACAUCUGAAGCAGGACAAAGCCGAAGAUUUGUUCUUGUGGAUUGGAGAUUGCAUAGCAGAGGUGGUAGCGGAUAGCUUAGCCCCGAAUUUGGCCAAUGGAACCCCUAUCCCCGCAGAACUCGAAAUGGGAAUCACGUUCAGUUUUCCAAUGAUGCAAGAGUCACUCUCUGAAGCGCGGCUUAUGCCAAUGGGAAAAGGUUUUGCUAUAACUUCAAAUCUUGAUUUAGGCGGUAUUUUGUUGGCAGGCUAUGACAGGCAUACGAGACGGCCGCUGGAAGAGGAGGGGCAGUCAGCGAAGCGACGGAAACGUUUUGCAUUGCCAAAACUAAAGAUCGCGGCAAUCACUAACGAUACAGUUGCUACACUAGCAUCACUGGCUUAUCUGGUGAAGUCCCUACCAAACAGCCGUGUUGCGAUGGGUAUAAUUGUCGGAACUGGUUGCAAUGCCACGAUCCCCAUGAGUUUGAAGGACCUGCACGAGUCAAAGGCAAAACACGUUUCAUCUCGACAUCCGGACGCUAUGGAAACUAUAAUUAACACUGAAUGGACCAUUAACGGUGCUGCGCCCCCUCUCCGUGAGCUGAACAUCACCACGAAAUGGGAUACCAUAUUAGACGAGGCCUGCGCUAGACCUGGCUUCCAGCCUUUCGAGUACAUGACUGGCGGCCGCUAUAUUGGCGAACUGGUCCGGAUUAUAUUUUACGAUUACCUCACCAACUUUGUUGGGCUCUCAAAGAAGGAACUGCCAGCGAACCUUAUCCAGGAAUACGCACUCUCCACCACGUACCUAUCAUCGUCUGUUGCCCAAAUACAGUCCGACCUCGAGCUGGUCCGGUAUCUGACAGAGACUUUGCCCCCACCCGAAUCCAGCGACUGGAGCUGGGAUCUCAAUUCCGCACGGGCAUUUAGGAAGGUCGCCCAGGCUGUCCAGACCCGGUCUGCAGGGUUAAUCGCUGCUGCUGUUAUUGGCCUGCUCGCAUGCAAGGGGGAACUCAAACUCCGCGAUUACAACGACCCAACUCCGCGCCAACACUCAAACUUCAUGGCUUCAUCCGUUAAUAAUGGAGCCUCCCCUAAUGAUAUUGUACACGCAGUAAACUCUAAACUAGCUGCCCAUAGUGCGGCCGCUGCUGCUAAGGCUGGCAGCGACGGCCACAUUGUUCCUAUCGUCGAGUCCGUGCCGUCUAACUGGCAAUCUGGGCCUGAGGAACUAGUCGUCGCAUACACCGGCGGCAUUAUUCAGCGGUACCCGCGUUUCAAGGAGACGUGUCAGCAAUUCAUUGACAGGUUGGUGAUUUGGGAUGGACCGCAGGAGAGCGGCAAGUCGGUGUUUCUCCGGGAGGCGUCAGAUGGUGGCAUUAUUGGAGCUGGCGUCUUAGCUGGGAUGCUUGCCUCUGGAAACCGAUGAGGAGGAAGGUAUAUAGCAUGGGAAAGUUGCCCAAAGAGGGGAUGUUCUAGAGCUGUUGAUGGUUUUAGCCAGACGCGGAGACGUUUGGAGGCAUGGCGGACUGGAUGCACAUGAACCAGCGAACUUGGUGGCUGGGGUGAUCUGAUUGAACUCCCUCGUCCCUUUUUUACGCUAUACUUUCACGUUUCCCUUCCGUCCCCCUUUCCCCGAUUUCCCCCUUGUACCUAUGUCCUGCCGCGACCCCUCUUCCCCCCAACAGUUCCGUAUUCUUUCUCAAAAGUUGGCAAAAUCAUGAAAGGGCUAACUAAAUUAGUUGUCUUUUUUUAACAUCUAUUAUUUCUUAUGUUUGAUAACAGCAUAAAAGCCCCCAAAUCCUAUUGAAUUUUCUGUUUCCCCUUAGGGCUAUUUUCUGCUCUUUCAUCUUUUUGCAGCAACAAGGGCGUUGUAAUUAAUAUCCCGCUCCUUGCACCAUGUUUACUUUCCAUCGUCUCUUUCCUUUUGACCUCUUUCGUCUUUCCAUCAUAUUUUUUUAUCCUUUCUUUUAUUCCCAUUCUGGCGACUUCCGAUCUUCAUUUUUUUUUCACUUUUGCAUUAGCCCCCGUGAAAUUACUACCAUGAUAUAGAUACGCGUUUUCAUCCCUGUUGUUUUUAACCCGCCUGCCAUUGCUUUUAAUUUUAAUUUUAUUUUGUUCAAAAAGAUCUUUGGCUUGGGCUAUUGGAAACGAAAGAGUUGGACGUUUCAAUCACGCACGGAAUAAAAUAAAAAAAAAUGACGCA